AUGGCGUCGCGUCCUCAGAAUGUCGGCAUCCUCGCCAUGGAGCUCUACGUCCCACCCAGCUUCGUCUCCCAGACGGAGUUGGAGGUGCACGACGGCGUGAGUGCGGGCAAGUACACCAUCGGGUUGGGGCAGGACGAGCUUGGUUUCUGCUGCGACCAGGAAGACGUCAUCUCCAUGAGCCUGACUGUUGCCCAACGGCUCUUAGAGAAGAACGGCGUAGACGCAUCACGCAUAGGGCGGCUGGAGGUGGGCACAGAGACAGUGAUCGACAAGAGCAAGUCCAUCAAGACCGCCAUCAUGACUCUCUUUGAGGCCAGCGGCAACGCUGACGUGGAGGGCGUUGAUUCGUGCAACGCGUGCUACGGUGGCACGGCUGCGCUGCUGAACAGCGUUAAUUGGGUGGAGGGGUCGUCGUGGGACGGCCGUUUUGCCAUCGUUGUUGCUGUUGACAGCGCUGUGUACGCGGAGGGCCCAGCGCGGCCAACAGGAGGAGCAGGCGCGGUGGCGAUGCUGGUGGGGCCAGACGCGCCCCUGGCAUUCGAGAGUGGGCUGGCGGGCAGCUAUGCCGCCCAUGCGUACGACUUUUACAAGCCCAAACUCGCCAGUGAAUACCCUGUGGUGGACGGCAAGCUAUCUCAGACGUGCUACACUAAGGCGCUCGACCACUGCUACCAACGCUUCUGUGACAAGUACGCCAAGAAGCAUGGCUCUGCGUUCUCACUGGCUGAUACUGAAUCCGUGGUCUUCCACUCUCCCUACAACAAGCUGGUGCAGAAGAGUCUGGCACGGCUAGUGUUCAAUGAUGUGAAGAGGGGAGUGAGCAGCGCAUAUCUGGGUGCAGGAGAGGCGGACGCACUGCAGCCGUUUGUGGGGCUGGAGGAAGAGAAGAGCCUCGUGGACCGAGACCUGGAGAAGACGGCCAUGCGGGUGGCAGGGCCGGUGUACAGCAGCAAGGUGGGCCCCACCACCCUCGUGGGCAAGCGUGUGGGCAACAUGUACUGCGCCUCGCUCUAUGGCAGCCUCUCAUCGCUUCUUGCACAGCAAGGGCAGCAACUGGAGGGCCAUCGCAUAUUGCUCUUCUCGUAUGGCUCUGGCCUCAUGUCCACCCUCUUCUCGCUUACCGUGCGCCAAGCUGCUGACCCAUUCUCCCUCGCCACACUCACCUCUCAUCUGGAUGUGCACCAGCUGCUCGAGUCUCGCACCAAGGUAACACCAGAGGAGUUUGUCAAGACAAUGCAUCUGAUGGAAUCCCGAUACGGUGCAUGCUCCUUCACCCCAGCCACUCCCACGGAUCGCCUUCAGCCCGGCACUUACUACCUCACGCAGGUGGAUGAUUUGUACCGGCGAACGUAUGCGCGGAAAGUAGGGUUCUUCUUAGCGACAUAUUUUCGUGUCUGCAUUUCCUUCCCCCCGUCCGUCCCGUCGUCGUACCUCGCUCAUACGCGCAACGCCAGCAUGCAGCCAGCAGCACCCCCCGCGGGUCAAUGGGGAGGAGCACAAGCCGCGACCGGCGCCGGCGCUGGCGCAGGCGGAGCGGAUGAGCCACGGACGCUGUGGGUGGGGGAUCUGCAGUACUGGAUGGACGAGACUUACUUAUGGAACGCGUUUGCGUCCACGGGCCAGGUUGCUAACGCUAAAAUCAUCCGCAACAGGGCGACAGGGCAGCCCGAGGGGUACGGGUUCGUGGAGUUCACGACUCAUGCAGCAGCGGCGCAGGCGCUAGCGACCUACCAGGGCACGCCCAUGCCUCAGGCGGAGCAGCAGCCCUUCCGCAUCAACUGGGCCGCGUUUGGCGCGGGGGAAAAAGGUGGCGGCCGCCCAGCGGACGGGCAGGAGUUCUCCAUAUUCGUGGGUGACCUCGCUCCAGACGUGAACGACUACCUUCUCUGUGAAACCUUCCGCUGCCGCUACGGCUCUGUCAGAGGCGCCAAGGUGGUGGUGGACAAUGUGAGUGGGCGCACCAAGGGUUACGGCUUCGUGCGAUUCUCCUCGGAGGAGGAGCGGGACCGCGCAUUGCACGAGAUGAACGGCCAGAUGUGCUCCUCCCGCCCCAUGCGCAUCAGCGUCGCCACUCCCAAGAAGCCCGGGGCGCCGGGGCAGGGUGGUGCGCCGGGUGGGCAAGGGGGAGGUGCACGGGCGGGGCCCCAGCCCCAGCCACAGGGACCCGGGGGAGAGGACGACCCCAGCAACACCACGAUUUUUGUGGGAGGUUUGGACCAGAGUGUGACGGACGAGCAGCUGAGAGCGGUGUUUGGGCCGUGGGGCGAGCUGGUAUACGUGAAGAUCCCAUUCGGCAAGGGCUGUGGCUUCGUGCAGUUCCGACAUCGAUCACAGGCAGAGGAGGCGCUGAGGAAUAUGCACGGCACGGUCAUUGGGCAGCAGUCUGUGCGGCUCUCAUGGGGACGCAAUCCUGCCUCAAAGCGUACCUCGACAUACCCCUCGCAAGGCUCUCAGUGGCAGCAGCCGCAGCAGCAGCACGAUCCCAAUGCAGCAGCGGCAGGUGGUUGGGGCGCUGCUGCCGGUAACACUGGUUACUACGGAGGGUACAGUGGUUACGAUGCUUCAGGGGGUUACAACCAGGGAGCAUAUGCCUCAUAUGGUGGAUAUGGAGGAUAUGGGGGCUACGGGCAGCAACAGGCUUGGCCUCAAGCUCAAGCUGCUCCAGCUGCAGCGGCAGCAUCUCCCGCCACAACACCAGCACCACAAAGUGCAGCAGCAGCGCCUGCUUCUGGAUUUGCAGCUGGAGUUACCCCAGAACCCUUCGAUCCCCUGCGCCCCAUUGACGUGGACAAGUGA